AUGAACUGAUCACAUCACCCAUUCUCAUAAUAACUUCUCAUCUUCUCUCAAAAGCUUACAUUUACGGUUUCAGAUGACGAGUCCAGCGGUCGAUCAAGAGAAUAUUCCUCCUCCUAUGGACGGAAUCAACACGGCUGUUACGACGGAGCCUGUUGCGAAGGGAGGCAAGACGAAGAAAGCUAAGGAAGCGAAGGCGGCGAAGAAGAAGCCUGCUGCCGCGGCUGCGAAGAAGAAGUCUGUCUCAACUCAUCCUACUUACGAAGAGAUGAUCAAGGAUGCGAUUGUAUCGUUGAAGGAGAGGACUGGAUCUAGCCAAUACGCGAUUCAGAAGUUCAUCGAGGAGAAGCACAAGGUGCUCUCGCCUUCGUUCAGGAAGCUCCUGCUUCUCAACCUCAAGAGACUCGUGGCCUCCGAGAAGCUCGUGAAGGUGAAAGCCUCGUUUAAGAUUCCGUCUGCUGCUAAGGCGGUUACGGAGAAGAAGAAACCUGCUACCAGCGCAGCGGCGGUUAAACCCAAGGCGAAGAAGGGGAAGGUUGCCACCGCAGCAGCUUCGAAAUCAAAGAAAUCCGUGGCGGUUAAACCCAAGCCGAAGCCCAAGGCAAGUGUUGCGGCGACCAAGAGGAAAGCUGUUGCUGCUGCUGCUGCGAAGCCCAAGGCGAAGACGGCUAAAACAUCGACGGUGACAUCUCCGGGUAAAAAGGCUGCUGGUGCUAAGAAGAAGGCUACCAAGGUGGUGGCGAAGAAGAAGACUCCAGUGAAGAAGGUUGUGAAGCCGAAGACGGUAAAGUCUCCAGCUAAGAGGGCUUCGAAGAGGGGCGUGAAGUGAAAACUAGGGUUUUAGGAAUACAUGCUUGUAGCUUUCUCUGUCUUGUAGGUGGGUAGUGUUUGUAUAAUCCGAUCUUUCCUGUUGUUGUUUGCUAUGAUGUUCUUUUGUAAUCCAUGGUUACUUGAGAACUAUCCUUUGAAUCAUAUAUAAUAGCUUAAUCUCUUUUUCAAUUCU